CACUAAUCCAAUUAUCAAAUAAUGAGUAUCGAAGUUAUUGUCGUACCGAAAUAAAAUUGUAUGAAAUGCGAAAAUAAGUCGGGCGGUGAAUUUAGCAAUUGCUCUUGCAAGUAGUGGUGGCUGCUGUCACCGGAGGCGCGGCUGUCGCAAGCGGCGCCCGCGCAGUUGCGGCCCAACACCUUGUGAAAUGGUUGUAUCUGAACCUAUAUUAAAUCCUACACCUUUCCGAUGGGUUUUGUUCCUUAGAAAAAAUCGCGCGCAACAGGAGUAAAAGUUUAUUCACAAAGCAAAAUGUUACCUAUACCGUUAAUAUGACACACUUUGAACGCGUGUGACUUGUUUACUUAUUUUGCGGACCUGUUUUGAUGAAUAUUAAGUUGUAAGGAUAUUCAAUGUAACGAAAAUGAAGAGGUGCAAGCAAUUAUUUGUGAUUGUUAUGACUUGUUUGGUGGUGCAGUGUGCAGGGAUGUCAAUAAGUGAACUGGAAGAUUUCGCGAACUUCCUCCAAAAGACGUCAAAGUUGGACGAAACUUUGAAAAAGGGCACGGAUCCAAACGACUUCGACGAAGAUGAAGUGGUAUCGGACCACGCGUGGGAAGAAAGCGGCAAGUUUGAAGGCGACUUGAUCCUGAACGAGCGGCAAAGAAGGAUGAUAGUGGAGGACAUUGCCGAGGGUCUCUCCAGGAACGGUCUCCGCGACAGCACCAAGAGAUGGCCUGAUAACGAAGUCAUCUACUUCAUACAGAAGGAACAUUUUUCUGGUGACCAAGUAGACGCUAUCAGAAAUGGUAUCGAAGAUAUAGCGCGUGCAUCCUGUAUUAAAUUUAGACCGUACAGAAAAGGAGAUAGAGAUGCAGUAGUAAUUCAGGGUAGUCGACGGGGCUGUUUCUCGCAAGUGGGUUAUCAAGGAGGCUAUCAGGUGCUGAACUUAUCAGGCCGUCACCCAGUCGGUCGCGGGUGUUUCCGCCAUGGCACCGUAGUCCAUGAGUUGCUCCACACCCUGGGUUUCUACCACAUGCAGAGCAGUCCUGACAGGGACGACUACGUCGACAUCGUUUGGGAGAACAUCGUGCAACCGGCGCGGCACAAUUUCCGCAAAUAUAAUGCGUUCUCCGUGUCUGACUUUGGCGUGGGAUAUGAUUACGAUAGUGUCCUGCACUACAGCAAACGUGCUUUCUCCUCCAACGGGCAAGACACCAUCGUGCCCAAACAGGGUGCCGCUCAAAUCGGACAAAGAGUAGGACUCUCUGACAAAGACACGCAGAAGCUGAAUAAAAUGUACUGCGAUGCUGACUCUGGCAACAAUGACGAAGAAGAGAGCACAACGCACAGGGCAACGAUCAAAAAGAAGAGGCCAAAGAAUAAGCCCUUCGAUGGUCACGGUAUCGGAUACCAUCAAGGUAAAACAGUCGUUAUAAAGUUGCUUCCUGCUCCAGAGACUUAUAAUAUUAAUAAGCCAGCAUUUCCUAUGUUUGAUUAUUUUAGUAAAACGCAGCAAGUCUUGUCGCCGAAGGAAAUCCCAGGCUACGGAUCGGGAAAACGAAUAGCCGACUUGUAUACACCAUACAAAGAAGAUUACGCAAGUCAAGGGUUUAAGGAAGUACAAGAUCUAAAUAGUUUCCAUACACCAGAUGGCACGAAUGAUAACAGUCCCAAGAAUAUAGCCAAUGAUAUGAAACCAACAACUGAUAUAAGCGACGAAAAUAAAAAUCCAGCACCAUCACAAAAUGAAAAAGAGGCAACAUCGUCAGAAACUGAUGAUAAAGACUUAAAUGAUGCUUUUAAGCGUUUAGAAAAGAUAUUAAAGACACACGUCUAUCAUACACACGUACCGGACCUGACUGCCUAUAAAGUAAAUACUGACUACAGUGAAUUUGCAGACCCUACAUCACUACCAAAAAUAGCAGAAGAUUUCAUUGAUCAUACGCAUUCAAAAGAAGAUGUAAAGGACAAAGAAACAUCAGAAUACAUAAAAAGCCUUUAUAUUAAUGGUCCCGCAUCAUUGUAUUCAGAAGAACCGCAAAAGAAAUUCGAAAGGUUACAAAAUCCGAAGGAAAUGUAUGAAUUUAUACCAAAUAAUGAACAUAAUAAUGAUCCCACUGUUAAAGAAGCGUUAUACCGCACGGCAUAUCCAUUUAAAGUCCACCAGCAUUUCUCAAACGGAUCACUUGAAAUUAAAACACCUGAAUAUGCUCGUUACGAAAAUUUAAAAGAUAAACAUAAUUAUAGCAGACUUUACGAUCCCUCCGUGCAUGAAAACGACAAUGAAUUGAAAAGAAAAUAUGCCUUGUUCGGCGUACCAGUACCAACAUACGAAAAUUGGUAUCAAAAGGAUUAUUUGAAGCGUAACCCUGUUGAUUAUGACAAAGAGUCAUAUAAUUACGGUACGCCUCCUGUAGGUUCUCAUCAAAAUAUCGUAAUAGAAGAAGAUCAAUCAGGGAGCACGGAACAAGAAGCCGAUAACACAUCCAAAUAUAGUGGUUCCUUUUCUCCACAGCUGAAGCAGCCAUAUUCCCUGUUUGGUGCGCGUGUGCCUCUUACUAACAAUUGGUAUAAAGUUGACAGUGAAAAAUUAAUUGAAUAUUACCCACACAAACAUUACCAAUCAAAAGACAGUGAAUCAAAUGAAGAUAAUAGAUAAGUAGUAGUCCCACAAUGUACAAACAAGUCCACCUUCUCAGAGAUAAAUUAGGUAACUACCUACCUGUUUUUAAAGGUACUUAAGUCUAGCGCUAAAAUAACGUAAUUUAAUCAUAAGUAAGCAACCACUCAAUGAAUUUAUAAUAAUUAAUUAUUAUUAAUAUAUAAAUUAAAUAAUUAAAUUUAAUUAUAAAUGUAAGGUGCUCUGUCAAAAAUAUUGAUUAUUUGUAACUUUAGCAAUUUUUUUUGCAUUAGAUUUAGUUACUUGUUUUAUGGCCAUGAGCUCUACACGGAACGCUGCCCGAAGUGCCGAAGGGUAGAGUUUUGGUCUUGUAAAACUUUAUUAAUCUAAGUUGUAAAAAUAAUUCGUUUUCCAUCAGUACGAUAAGAAGAAGCUGUACCUACUUACCUACCACAGAUGAGACGGUACCUACUGCUGACGGUCCAAUUUAAUUAGAUAAUCUAUCUCCAAAAUUAAGGAUUCACCAUCAAUAAUUUGGAAAAGGCAAGUUACCUAAAAGUAAAGACUGUUAGUUGUAUUUAGAUACUUUUAUAAUAAAUUUGUUUUAUCCAUAAA